CUACAGUAGUUAAAACUAAAGUUGAAAAGCUUGCUCAAAAAUGCGGAACAGUACCUUCAUCCCUCCCGGAGAUUAUUCAAGAUGAAGAAAUUGCUCGCAUUGUUUAUCGUGCCAUGAAAGAGAGUCCAUUUCCUGAUGAUGCGGCAUUGGUAAUUAAAUGGGAUGAUAGAGGAUUUAAUGAUGUACCAACGGUUCCAGGCGUCGUAAUGGUAUAG